AUGGCGCCCGCGCCCUCCAAACAAGAGCUUCCGCCAUGGGGAGUUGCUCUCGCCGGCUCCGCGGGAGCCCUCGUUGCGAAUGCGAUGGUCUAUCCACUCGAUAUCGUAAAAACCCGGCUGCAAGUGCAGGUCAAGAGGAAUGAGAAGGACACUCACGUCGACCAUGACAGCCACGUUCAUUACGAGGGCACUCUCCAUGCGAUCCAACAUAUCGUGCAAGAAGAGGGCAUGCAUGGUCUUUUCCAGGGUAUGACGGGCAAUCUGCUUGGAGUCGUCAGCACGAAUUUCGCAUACUUCUACUGGUAUGGAUUUAUCAGGACCCUAUACCAUAAGAGGAUAGCAAAGAGCGAUGCGCCGGCGGGAACGCUUGUAGAGCUUUCCCUGGGAGCUUUCGCAGGCGCUCUGGCGCAGAUCUUCACCAUUCCAAUUUCCGUGAUAACCACCAGGCAACAGACGCAGCGCAAAGACGAACGAAAGAAUAUGUUUGCAACUGCAAAAGAAAUCGUCGACGGUCCAGAAGGUGUGGCUGGUCUCUGGCGAGGUAUCAAAGCCAGUAUGGUGUUGGUUGUCAACCCUUCGAUCACAUACGGCGCCUACGAAAGACUACGGACGUUGCUUUUUCCGGGCAAGACAUCGCUCGCGCCUCACGAGUCGUUCCGUAAGUACGAUCCCCCGAACCUCAGCCCUGUUUGCUAAUGGUCGAUCAGUACUCGGCGCCCUCUCCAAAAUGAUGGCAACAGUCGCAACCCAACCCUUGAUCAUCGCCAAAGUCGGCCUCCAAGGAAACCCGCCACCACAACGCAACGGCAAACCCUUCAAAUCCUUUGUCGAAGUCAUGCAAUUCGUGCUCGAGCGUGACGGUUUCCUCGGCCUCUACAAAGGCAUUGGACCCCAACUCCUCAAAGGUUUCCUGGUACAGGGUAUCCUCAUGAUGACGAAAGAACGAGUGGAACUGCUCUUUGUCCUGCUUUUCCGCGCUGUGCGCAAGAUGCGUCGGGAGCAGUUGGACAAGCUGGCGAAGAUUACGGCGGACAGCAUAGACCGGGCGAAACAGACCGCACCGAAAUAG